AAUCAUGCAGUUCUUACACCUCAGGAGACCGCUACCCGCCUGUCCACCUCGUUGACACAUGGCUUGCAACCGAACGAAGCCGCCACACGCCUCCAUAGCGAUGGCCCGAACGAACUACCUCACGAGGAACCAGAGCCGCUAUGGUUGCGAUUCGUCAAGCAAUUUCAAGAGACGCUGAUAUUGUUGCUACUGGCAUCAGCCUUCAUCUCGGCAGUCAUGGGCAACCUGGAGGAUGCCGUCAGUAUCGCCAUCGCCGUUCUGAUAGUAGUCACGGUUGCUUUCGUGCAAGAGUACCGAUCUGAGAAGUCUAUGGAAGCCCUAAACUCGCUCGUUCCCCAUUCCGCCCACGUCAUUCGUAGCGCCGAACGCAGACCUGACAACGACACCUUGGAGGAGGCCGAAAAGAUUCCAUUGGCCAGUGCCGAGAAGGCAUCUGUGACUAUACCCGCUGGCCAAUUGGUUGUGGGAGAUCUCGUUCUGUUUCAUACUGGUGAUCGCAUUCCUGCCGACAUUCGCAUCACCCGUGCCGCCGACCUUUCCAUCGAUGAGUCCAACCUGACUGGCGAAAACGAGCCCGUACACAAGUUUGCAUCAAGCAUCACAGCAUCANAAAGAGAAGGAUAUCCCAGCUCGCCUGUAUACGCAUCCGAGGCUUCGGGUACGGUGGGUGCAGAUCUCCGCCUCAACGAGCAAAAGAACAUCGCUUUCAUGGGAACAUUGGUUCGCUCAGGUUAUGGACAAGGUAUCGUCAUUGGCACUGGAGGCGGUACCGAAUUUGGUGCCAUCUCUGCUUCGCUGCAAGAGAUUGAAAGCCCUCGUACACCACUACAACUUUCCAUGGACAAUCUCGGCAAGGAACUCAGUUACAUGUCUUUUGGAAUCAUCGCCUUCAUCAUGCUCAUAGGAUUCGUUCGCGGCAGACCAUUUUUGGAGUUGUUCCAAAUCGGUGUUUCCCUUGCGGUUGCUGCUAUUCCGGAAGGUCUUCCCAUCAUUGUCACGGUCACACUGGCUCUUGGUGUUCUUCGCAUGUCGAAAAGACAUGCCAUCGUGCGAAGACUCCCCAGUGUGGAAACUCUCGGCUCUGUCAAUGUUAUCUGCAGCGACAAAACAGGAACUCUCACUAUGAACCACAUGACUGUCACCAAGAUGUGGCACUUUGACGACGAAGCGCCUGUAGAUGUUGUCAAGGUUCAUGCGAAAGCUCCCUCGGAUUCUGCCACGCGCACCAUUCUUCGUAUUGGUAACAUCGUAAACAAUGGAAGAUUGGGAUCCGAGUCAUCUUCUCAUGCUACAGCAGCCUCGGCCGCUAUUCUUUCCCNNUCUACCAUGGGAGGUGAUCUCUCGAAUGCANAAAGUCGAUGGACUGGUCAGCCGACUGAUGUUGCGCUCCUGGAUCUCUUGGAUGCAUUUGGUGAAGACGAUAUAAGACAAAAUAUUGGAAGUAGGCGCAAUGAGACACCGUUCAGCUCAGAGCGUAAAUGGAUGGGAGUGGUCAUUCACAAUCCGCUCGAGUCCAAUGGACCUGCAACUGCCUAUAUCAAGGGUGCCCUCGAACGUGUUCUUGGUCGAUGCGAUACCUACAUGACUUCACAAGGACGUGAAGUUGUCCUCGACGAGCAAAGACGUCAGGAAGCAUUGAAAGCAGCUGAAAAUAUGGCGCAAGAUGGACUUCGUGUGCUUGGUCUGGCAAGCGGAUCUGUUCGUGAGUCCAAAGAUCGCCGCACAUCUCGUGGUACGUCUCCUAAUCCUGAAGGCUCUUCAUUAGCAGAUGAAGACCAUCUCUACACUGGACUUUGUUUUGCUGGUCUGGUGGAUCACAAGAUGAAGAUCAUUCGAGCAUUGCAGUCAAGAGGAGACGUUGUAGCCAUGACUGGCGACGGUGUAAACGAUGCGCCUGCCCUCAAGAAGGCAGAUAUCGGCAUAGCAAUGGGCAGAUUGGGGACUGACGUGGCCAAGGAAGCCGCCGACAUGAUCCUUACCAACGACGACUUCAGCACCAUCCUCGCAGCCAUUGAAGAAGGCAAAGGCAUCUUCCACAACAUCCAAAACUUCUUGACCUUCCAACUGAGCACAUCCGCCGCUGCACUAGGUCUUGUCAUGUUGAGCAGCGCAUUCGGCUACAAGAACCCACUGAACGCCAUGCAAAUCCUCUGGAUCAAUAUCCUGAUGGACGGACCUCCUGCCCAAUCAUUGGGUGUAGAGCCCGUAGACAAGACAAUGCUGCAACUACCACCCCGACCCCGUCACGCACGCGUCCUUACCCCUCGCCUCAUCCGCCGCGUGCUGCAAUCCGCACUCGUCAUCAUGGCAGGCACACUCUACACCUACAUUUCCAAUCUCUCCACCACCGACCUCGCAAGCCACGAAGUCUCUCCCCGCGACACAACCCUCACCUUCACCGCUUUCGUGCUGUUCGACAUGUUCAACGCCCUCACCUGCCGCUCCGCCACAAAAUCUCUUUUGCGCGGCGAGAUCAAGUUUACGGGCCAUAAAGCUAAUGCCAUGUUUAAUUAUGCCGUGGCGGGCAGUUUGCUGGGUCAGGCUUUGGUGAUUUAUUUCCCGCCGCUGCAGGGUGUGUUCCAGACUGAGGCUUUGGGUCUCAGGGAUCUGGUGGGGUUGGUGUUAUUGGCGUCGACGGUGUUUUGGGUUGAUGAGGGCAGGAAGUGGUAUGAGAGGAAGCUUGCCAAGGGGAAUGUGCUUGGUGGGUACAGUAGUAGGGUG